AUGCCGUCAGGAGAAGAAUCGACUCCCAACGCGAGGAAGGAAGAAGUCCAAAAGAAAAUGGCAGCAAAGAAUCAAGAUGAAAAAGCAAAACCGAAGAAGCGCAGCAGCAAGUCUAUUGAGUCGACUUCAGCAGCGAAACGAACUCGUGAAGACGGGUGGAACCCCUUCCAGCUCCAGCUACGAUCUCUGGAAGGACUUCUACGAGCGAGAAACCCAGAAGAAGAUCACCGUGUUGGAAAAACAAGAAGCGAACACUCGGGACAACCACCUGCAGAAGAUCGAUACUCGUAUGGAAAGCUUGAGAAGAGCCUACCGGAUCAUCACGAAUCCGUCAAACAGACUGUAGCCCCGGCGAAUCUGGUCAUCAAAUCAGAGCACGUGGACGAACUGCUCAAGCAAUUCAUGACAUGA